GGGCUAGGGAACUACGAAUCGAAAUUAAAAUCAAUUGAAUGCGGAGAAUGCGAUAAUUGUGUGCGCCUCCCCUAGGUUUACUUUACACAAGUGUGCUGGCACAAUAAACCCCAAGUGCAAUAAAUAUCUGCGCCGCCCCGAAACAAGAAGUCUGCUGACCUGCCAGAAUGGGUCUCUGCAAAUGCCCAAAACGAUUGGUCACCAAUCAGUUCUGCUUUGAGCACCGAGUCAAUGUCUGCGAACACUGCAUGGUCCAGUCCCACCCUAAGUGCAUAGUGCAAUCCUAUCUGCAGUGGCUUCGUGACAGCGACUACAUUUCCAACUGCAAUCUGUGUGGGACUUCGCUGGAGCAGGGCGAGUGCGUGCGACUGGUUUGCUACCACGUCUUUCAUUGGGACUGCUUGAAUGCUCGUCAAGCCGCACUGCCUGCCAACACUGCCCCACGCGGCCAUCAGUGCCCCGGUUGUAGUGUGGAGAUAUUUCCCAACACCAAUCUCGUCUCGCCCGUGGCGGACGCCCUGAAGAACUACCUGGCUCAAGUCAACUGGGGUCGCAAUGGCCUGGGCCUGGCUCUGCUCUCGGAGGAUCAGAGUAGCAGUUUGAAGGCCAUUAAGUCUAAGGCUUCCGUCAGCCAGGCGGCGGUUAGCAAUAUGACCAAAGUGCAUCACAUUCAUUCCGGAGGAGAGCGGGAGCGUGGGAAGCCGAAUGGUGGUGAUGCCUCCACUCCACAUUCCGUGCUCCUAAUGGAUGCAUUUAAUCCACCCAGCUCGGGCGACUUUAAUGCCAGCAGUAGGCGACCAUUGUUGCCACGUCAGUCGCCCAUUGGUGGGACGGAUCGCGAUGACAAUAAGUACCAGCGCCGCACGCCGGCAGCGCUGCUCUCGCGUUGGACGCGACGCUUUUAUUCACCGUCGUCGCGGCCACCGUGGCGACGCACCUGGUUUUUGGUGCUCAGCGGCAUUCUGGCCUUUGUCAUGUUCAUCUAUCUAUUGGCAUGGAUGGGACGCAGUGGCUCCAACGACGGCCUGGACGAGAGCUGGAACAAUCCGAAUCCGCAACCGAAUCACUACGAGUAAAAUGUGUAACGAAAUAUUCGAAGAAAGUUUAUCAACGUCGUAUAUACGUAGUCUCUAAUCCAAAGCCUAGAAUCCUUCUCCCCACACCCUCCCGAAAGAAUAAAACUUUUACAGAUAUUUAUAUAAUCUAAAAUUCCAACGA